GGCCUUGCGGCGAACGAGCCUUCGGGCUCAAGGUCCUCCAUGGCCCUUAGAGCAGAAGACCUUCUCCAGCGAAACAUAUGAGCUUGAACUUGAACUAUUUGAACCGUGCCAGCGCCACUACUGCCUUUUAUUACUAAUUUUUCAUCACACUAUUUUACUGUGAUUGUGAAAGCACAGAACUUUCGUGUGGUAGUUCUGUGGUUUACCACAGGAUUGAGCACAGACAUACUGUGGUAGCUCCGUGCUUCACACAGGAUUGAGCACAGACAGGCUGUGUAAUUAAUUGACGCACUUUUUUCUGUGAAAAUCCUGUGCUUUUUUCUGACAGUGAUUGUUUUAGUCAUGAUGCUCCAAAGUGCUUUGCCAGCAGCAAAGGAAAAUGUUUGCAAUGCGAACCGAUGCUUUCCAAGCAUUAUUUCGUAACCUGCCGGUCGGCAAAUUUUUGCACAUAGACAUACGAGGGUGAGUUCUUGCUGUACACCACAGGCACGGUGGAACGGGGAAGGGGGGGAGGGUGCCCUACAGGGGGUUGAGAAAAGAAAGAGAACGAAUUGCAGGCUAAAAUAUUGCGCUAGGCGGGAAUUCUGACGCGUGCGCGCGAUGUUCGUCGCGUCGAAAAAUACCACAAGGGUGCGGCACCGUGACUACACCCCACCCUUCUGCUUAAGGCAUGAAUAAAAAAAUAACAAGCACAGUUAUCAGCUUGUAUUGUUUCUCAACAGUCUAGAAACUGGACUUUUUGCGAUUGUUUUAAGUAUAUCGACCUCCAGCUCUAAAACGAAACGAAGAUAAGGCAAUUUCAAGGACUGAUUCUGAUUCAGAAUGUUCUGUUUCGGAUAUUACUUCGUCUGUCAUUUAUGAGGCCUUCUUGUACGUCUUCAUGUACAGAGUGGUCAUUUUCGGCGUAUUUUCGUCGAAGAAGCACUUAUAGCGCCCAAACGUGAGAGUUAGAGCCAAACGGCCAAAUUUAAGUUCAAAGAACUCUUCACGAGUUCCUUAAGAGAUCAUAAAAAAUAUUACUGAUUUAACUUUUGAACCUUUCCCAGUUUCUUUGAUAGCCCCUUCCAGUCUUUAAGGGCUGGUUGCCAGGAUUUGCGUAGGCGUUUCGCUUUCUAGGAGCGAACCUUAAGGUACCCUGAAAAUUUCAAGUCACUAGCACAGCUCCUUAAGGUGGAAGAGACAGACAGACACGAGGUCGUUUGCAUAAGCCCGCUGGAUAGCUACUUCAAAGCAGAAGGGUGGGCUAAAAAAGGGGACAAAAUGGCCAACAGGUUCAUCGAAACAAUUUUUUUAAGUAGGUAUAUAGUCAUUGUAGGGUAUUUAUUUGCGAUGGGGGGAAGGGGGGAACCCUGGAAGAGACCCCCCCCCCCCCUCGGUUCAAAAACGUUCCGCCGCGCCUGCUUCACCGACCCAGGUCGCCAUGACGGGUGGUAGUUGAAGUUCAAGGAAGGGUUAAAACGUUGAGAAGUUCAUAUGAACUGAAUCACCCGUAACACGAGUAGGACGUCAGCCCGUGUACGGACCAUCCCCUGCGCCCCGGGCUGGGGUGGCAUGCGUCCGUGGUAUGACGGUGGUCCCACACUUCGUUUGCUAGUCCCGUGCGAAUUGGCUCCGCCCCCGCCCCUGCAUGCAAGCAUACGCCUUUGCUGAGACGGGGCACAGUGACCACCCUGUCACUGUGAAAGAUAGUAGGAAGCCUUGACACAAGUUGUAAAAUUACAAUUUGUAAUCGUAAAAAUACAUGCAUUACGUACCAACUUAAAAUCCAUUCGCGAGUGAAAAAUGUGCCCUCGUAAAUUUACAACUUAAAUUAUAAUUCGAGGUUUCAAGAUUUUUGUAAAUUUACGAUGAAAUUUUUCACAGUGGUACGGAACGGGAAGAAAACGCGAGGAAACGUAUCUGAGAUACGGUGACAGUCAAUUAUGUAGCAUUUUUCACUGUACCGCAGGAACCAAGAUCGUGCUCUACGCUCACAUUCUCAUGUCGCGAUGGGACAGAAGACACCAAUACAUCUACUUGUCCUGGUGCUUGUUACAAGCUACGCUGCUACCGUACCGAAUGAAACGGCCGGCCAAACACAUCGGCUGGCCUACUUUGUGAACAAUUUCUCCAGUCUGUACCUAAUACCCGAAGGGUCUUCUCGGGUACUUGUCCUCUGUCAAGCAACGAGCGAGGGCUUCUUAUCAAAAAGACGUAAGGAGGCUGCUGGCCUAGCUAGACAGGCGCGACGCGUGUUGUAGCGGAACAGUAUUGCGUGACAUGUCGUGAAGCCUGUUACGCGUGACAUGAUCUGGCGUUAAUAGAGCUAGUGUAUAGUAUUUAAAAACGUUAAAAAUUGCCCAAAUCUUACAUAUAUAUUCCGGUUUCUGGGAACGCAAACAUCAAAUUCCUUAUUUUGACUGGGUACGUAACUCAAGCCACAAUGAUCAUUUACAUUAAGAGCGUUUAAGGGAAAGGUCCAAAUAACAUAUUUGGAAAGAUUCGGAAGUUUAUAACAAGUUUAUGACAAGUAUGCUGAUUUAUAAUGCGUAAGUGGGUGAAAACCCGUUCCUCUGAGCAAUAAAUACAAAAGGCAUUCAAAACUGUGUGUGGUUUACAAGAAUAGGUCAGUUGCUGUAUUUAAUGCCUUCAGGGUCAUUUUUAUCUAAAAUGUCAAAAUUUAGUGUGUAGCCUUCCGUGCAUGGCUUCACAUCUCCUCCCUUCUCAGUAUAUUCUUUUCGCCCAUAGCCUGACCUUCGCAUGCAUUUGAACCAUGUGCUCAAAGGUCGUGGUCACUAGCCACACCUGGCCAUGAGUGAUCAUUCGGACCGGGAUGCUCAUUGGCUAAGUCUUAUAGGGUUUUGUUUUGCAGCUCAUGUGUUCGAGACUCUUCUCACUCGCCAUGACCACCAGAAGAUCGUAAUGUGCCCGCGCAGAGGUGGAACUAAAAUAGCAGACGGAAUGUACAGCUACAUUUUAGCAGGGCCGGCACAGGGCGUACGGCGUCAAGUAGGGUACAUUCCGCCGGUUGAAAACCGGAGUGCCCACGCACGGCUACUGGUGUUAGUGUGGGACUGCGACAACGGCUCAUUAAACAGUAUUCUACAAGGUUUGUGGGACCGAGCCUGGGCACGAGUCGUUGUGGCUAUUGACAAUGGAGACAACAUAUUAGCACUCUUCACAAUGGCACCGUACCUAAGAAACGAUGGCCUUUGUGGACAAAGUGGCGUAAACACUGUGUUUCUCGGAAAUGUGAGCGUGGACGGGAAGAUCGGACUCUCUCAGCAUGAAGAGAGCUUGUUUAACGACGUUGUACCGAGAGAUCUCCGCGGCUGCACGGUCCGAGUCUGCCACAGCACCAAUUCCGUAGACAGCAAAUAUUGCAGCCUGUGGGAUAGGCAACUAAACCCGGAUUCUGUUGAUUUCCUCAAACGGAGUAUAAUAACAGCAGCAGCCAAGUACGGCAAUUUUCAAGCAAAGUGGUCAGAUGAUACUACAUCACUAUAUAAUAAGUUUACCAACGGCAGUUUUUCAGGCAGCCUGGGGCGCCUCCAGCGCGGUGAAUGUGACUUUGCUGUGGGAAUGUUUGGACUCUUGCCGACUAGAAUCCAAUACCUACAACCCACUUGCACUGUCGUCGAGGUGACGCAGGAGAUACACAUUCGUUGCGAAGGUAACCAACGUAAACGCGGCCACCUGUCUACCAUACUCGCAAGGCUGUGGCUAUCCGGAUUAGAGGCCUUGCUGGUCUUGGCGGCUGUCACGACGAUCAUCGCCAAGGUCCUCGUGGCACGCUGCUCGUUGUCCUCACCGAGAACCUCAUCGUGGUGGACUGCCGCUAUUUCUAGGUCUGCCAUGGACACUUGGUCACAACUAGUUGAGGUAACGAUGCCUCCAGCUCAGGGGGUGCUCCCAUCUACUCAGAGCGGGCGGUACGUGUCAGCUGCCUGGCUCAUCUUUGCGCUCAACGUCAACGUGGCUGUCAAGGGCCUGCUGUCAGCAGAGAUGGCAGAUGCAACAUUCCCAGCUCCAUCGCUGGAGGAACUUCUAAAUGACCCUGGGUUCAGCAUCGGGGUCUGGACAGCGCUUCAAGGAGUGGCAUUGCUAGAAAUGGGCAUCACCGAAAACCAUUUUACGCAAUGCGAGGGUCAAGAGGGACUUCGUGAUUGUGAGAAACGGUUCCACGCAGAAGACCGGUUCGGCGUAAUAAGGGGCCGGGAAGUGACCGAGGCUUUUAAGUGUCUGCCGCCUUGCACCCACAGGCUCUCCAGCACCCUCCCACCUCAGCAGACGGUCUUCUACGCGAGAAAAGCAUAUCCCCUGCUACCUAUGCUUGACAAAGUCAUACUGCGUCUGCACAGCAGCGGCAUCCUGCGCCACUGGAUCAAACAGGACUGGUGGGAAAUGGCACAGGGCAAAGUACGCCUCAACAACACUUCAUCGAUGACUGCACGUGUUGAGUGGGACGCCUUCUUCAUCCUUUUCGCUGGCCUCGCUUUGUCGGCUGCAGCAUUCAUGUUUGAAAUCAGUCAGAACGGUCACAUCGCUCUUUUUUGUUCCCCUAAACCUGCGUAAUGGUCAACUUGCAUUGAGGAGGCCAGUAUCAGUGUGGAACCUAAUCUUGUUUCCGGCUCGCUGGUCAAUACGCCCGCACCGAAAUUCGCAAUUCAACGAUUACACAAGCUAGAGGAAGAGGUCCUUACUGGACCUGUAAGUACCUGACUUUAAGUGGGCAAGUUUUUUGGGUUUAAAUUAGCAUCUCGUGCUGCUUCUCUUGGUGAUUACAAUUUAGUAGUGAUAUAAUACGAAAAUUUCCUUUCCUACUUUUCGACUACUUUAUAACCAGCGAUCAUUCUACAAUUUAUUGGUACCUUGACACCUGUUUCAGUUCAUAUCAUGAAUAUGAGGGAUGUACAUUGUAUGGAAAAAGGAUUGGAGUAAAGGAGGGCUAGGAUACGUUUUGUUCUGAAACGACUUUACGCAGACGUGAUGCCUCUAGCGAGUGAUUUAAUAAGGCAUGCCUCAGCAUUCCAGACAGUGUUGGACUUAACGGUUCUCCUCGUGAGGCAAGCGACGAUGGGCUUCGUGAGCUUCUCCUUGGCUGCCCCCUUAAGGCCUUACAUCACAGUUAAGCCCCAAGUUUUAAACUAGUUGUUUCUGGUUAUUUUUAUGUGUCAAAACGAGUCAGGUGAUCAAAACUAGGUAAUGAUUAUGUAGGUAGGUUCCUUUUUAAACAAAUCAAACAAAAAAUAAGUUCCAGAAACUUUGGGUUUGUAAAGGAACGACACUUUUCUUACUUGAGUCAUUUUUCCCAAUUAUCACUUACUUAACGCGCAAGAUUUCAGAAGCUAGGAUGAUGAUAAAACCUUUCCGUAACUUCUAAAAUAUUUGGAAGACAUGUCAUUAAGGGCUGGACCAAAAAACAGCAGAAAAUUAUUAUUUAAAACAAAAAAAUAAUUUUGGAGCAUUUGUAGACUUCAAUAACAUUUUGGAAAAUAUACUCCAAAAUACUCUAGUUGGCGCAGUCAGUUUGGCUGAGAAGAGGGGAAGGGGCAGACCGAACUCUAUAUAUAUCAAAUGGUGCACCCUUUCAAAUACAAUACUAAAACAAUUUGUUUCUGAUCAUAAUCGAUCUGUUUUUUCGAUAACUUUGAAAUAGUAUUGAGUUUACCAUUGCUCAGCCAACAGCCGGCCAGCGUCUAUCGACAUCUUCCGCAAGUUUUCUUUCCUUAAAGAUGGUGAAGAGUUCGAUGCUCCCUCUCCUUUCCUAUUUUUAACUAACUGGAUUCGCCCACGAGCAACAGAAACGUAUGGAAAUAUAAUAAGACAAUUUUUGCAGAAAGAUUGUUUUCAAAGUAUAUCACUACUGUGACGAACAAGUACAAGUUCAAUCCACCUUUGUCGGUAUAAGGCCGCUGUCAUGGGACUGAACUUUAAUAAGCAAUGUUUUGCGUUACCUUUUUCAUUUAAUCUUCCUAGUUCUUUCUUAGUUUAUUGCAUGUAUUUUGCAAUUAUGAUUUUAGUUAUAUUUUGACUUCCUGUCCUACUGUUGCAUCUAUUUUGAAAAUGUGAUUUUAGUUGUAUGCUGAAUUUCCUACUUUCUUCAGAUUUUUCUUUUCUUUUGCAGUUGUGAUUUUCUGUCUCUUAAUUCGUAGAUGUAGGUGACAAGCCAUCACCAAUAAUUUAUUUUGUGUUGAAAUAACCAUUCAAGUUUUAACAAUGCUGAUGAUGUUUUGUGAACCUUUUUCAUUUAAAAUGAAUCUUUCCUAGUUUAUUGCAUGUCUUUUGCAAUUGUGAUUUUAGUUAUAUUUUGACUUUCUGUCCUAGUGUUGCAUCUAUUUUGAAAAUGUGAUUGGCUGAGCGAUUAGCGAAGCCUAUUACUCCAAUGACGAUCAAAAAGUUUCGCGUCUGUCUGUCUAUCUGUCUGUUUGUCAUCACGAUAUUUCGAGAACGAACUGAGCUAGCGACCUGGGAUUUUCAGGGUCGUUUUGUAUCAUAAAAAGACAGAUCGAGUUCGAAGAAGAGCAUUCUAGCUCAAAAAUCGGAUUUAAAAAAAAUCAAAAACCAAAGGUCCCACAAAUAAUGUUUUUUAAAAAUAUUUUUUUUACAGUCUCCUAAGGGGUAACUCAUCAAAGUAGAGUCCGUCGGCCGAAAAUUUUCUCCGUUUUGCUCUAGCUCAAACCGUUGAGGCGCUAGAGGGUGUUUUUGACGAAAAUAAGUGAAAAAAUGUACAACCCUGCAUGCUUAGUCAAAGUGACGUGCCGUUGACGGGCCUGAUGCCCGUAUCUUUGUGUACAUUUUUGCACUACCCGACUCGGGUGUCAGCGCCGCAGGCCUAGGUAGAUGAGGCGCGUCGCAGCGUAACAGUGUUUCGUGAGAUAUCGCGAAGCCUGUUACGCGAGACGUGGUCUGGCGUACAUCUACCUAGUUUUAGUUGUAUGCUGAGUGUCCUACUUUCUUCAUACUUUUCUUUUCUUUUGCAAUUGUGGUUUUCUAUCUUUUAUUUCGUAAAUUUAGGUGACCAAUAAUUUUUUUUGUGUUGAAAUAAUCAUUCAAGUUUGGUUUUGA